AUGUCUCUCCGACAGCGCACGAACGCAACAUCUGCUCGAAGCAAGGAAGCAGAUCACGACACAAGCGAACAGAUAGACGCUCACAACGCAGCCAUUCGUGCACGCAACGCGCACUAUCGCAAGCGAGCGCAAACACCGCUGAAGCAGCGAUUGAAGGAUGACGCUGCGCGCAAUUUGGCAAUCCUUGCAGGACUUGCUGUCGUCUGCCUCUUUAUAGGCAUCAGAGCCGGAGAGGUACAUUUGCCAGCAUGGUUGGGUAGUCAUGGAGCUGCCAAGGUUGUCAAGCUUCAGCCAGGCGAUGCGUCACACCCACGUAAAGGCGCAAAGACGAGCCUGUUCAACUUGCAGCCUGUCGAAGCUACGCCUGCUUUCAGCGAGGACACUGAGCGGCUCUCGGCUGUCACGAAUGCCUUCAAACAUUCGUACUCGGCGUAUGAGCGUGAUGCCUGGGCCUGCGAUAAUUAUCAUCCCUUGCCGUCAAAGUCAAACGUAGGCGGACUUGGAGGCGGCAGCAAUCUGACUUCGUCGGGUGGCAUCGGCUACUUCAUUCUGGACACACUUGACUUCCUGUACAUGCUUGACCUGAAGCCAGAGAUCGAACGCGCAAAGACGUGGCUGCGAGAUUUGCACACAUUCGAUGUCGAUGAUCGCUUCCACGCUUUCGAGGUGACCAUUCGAUGUCUUGGCGGGCUUCUAUCUGCAUACCACCUCUCUGGUGGCGAGGCAAUAUACCUGGAAAAAGCAAAGGAGCUCGGUGAUCGCUUAUUGCCUGUCUUCGAUACGCCAUCUGGCAUUCCUGCGAGCUUUAUCAACCUGAAGACUGGGCAAGCGAUAUAUGACUUUGACAACUACAACAUGUCCUCCCUUGCAGAGGCAGGGACUUUGCAGCUCGAGUUUCGAUAUCUCUCGGAAUUGACAGAAGAUCCCAUCUAUUGGGAAAAAGCUGAAAGGGCAACCAGCCAGAUCGCAAAGCAGGCUGCGGACAUGGACAUGGGCCUGCCCUUUUAUCUGGAUCCCAAUACUGGAGAAUUCAGAAUUUCUGAUAUACGUCUCGGCUCGCGGUCAGACUCGUACUACGAAUAUCUGCUUAAGCUCUACCUACAAUCGGAUCGCACAGACGAGCGCUAUCGAAAAUACUGGGAUCACUCGCUCGAGGUCAUAGCAAAGACACUGAUCAAUAUCACGCCGCGGCACAAGCUGCUCUAUACCCAAGAGCUGAUACCGCAACGUGACCUCAAAUCAGGUGGCAUCAACCUUGCAACGUCACCCAAGCAGGAUCAUCUCGUUGCAUUCCUCCCAGGCUUGAUCAUGCUCGGCGUCACCGAAGGACAGCCAGACGCCAUCCCAGCCGAUACUGGCUCGUUCGAUGAGAAACAAGAAGUCAGCUGGCAAAUCGGCACGAACCUGUUGCAGACUUUCGCGACAACGUACUUUCAGAGCAGAACAGGACUGAGCCCCGAAAUUGCGUUCUUCUAUACAAAGGAGGAGAUCGAGCAGAAGAAGGACCGUCGCGAUUGGUACAUCGCGAAGCGUCAACCCGCGAGGCCCGGCUUCACGCCUGAUCCACCUGGAGAUGCGAAAAACAUGCUGAGGCCAGAGACAGUCGAGUCGCUGUUCCUUGCAUACCGACAGACGGGCGAUCCAAAGUAUCGAGAAUGGGGCUGGAAGAUCUUUGAGGCAUUCGAGAGGCAUGCAAAGAUCAAGACGGGCGGCUAUGCGACAGUACGUGACGUGGACGAGCUGCCGGUGCAACACGAGAACCGAAUGGAGACUUUCUGGCUCAGCGAGACGCUCAAGUAUCUCUAUCUGCUCUUCGCGGACGCGAGUGUUUUGCCGCUCAACGAGAACGUCUUCAACACAGAGGCGCAUGUCUUGCCAGUCUUCACACCAAAGGUCACAAACUUCCACGAGGUGGACGACGCGUUCGUACUGUGA